AUGGGCUCCAUUACCCCCCACACCGACGAGGUCAUCGAAACUAUCGACCUCUCCUCCUACCUGACCAGUGACGACCCGAGCGUGCGAAAGGCGACAGCCGACCGUCUCGUCGAGGCCCUCCACAAGCAAGGCGGCUGCGGCCUGGUCGGACAUGGCCUGAAAGUCGAAGCCAUCCGCGAGGCUCUCGCUCGGUCCAAGCAGUUCUUCAACCUGCCGCUUGCGCAGAAGCGAACGGUCGACCAUCCCGAGGGGAUCGUGCCGCACCGGGGGUACUCGGGCGUAUCCAGGGAGAAAAUCCGCAUCUACACGGAGGAAGAGCUGCAGACCAUGUCUGGGGAGCUGGGGGCGACGGCGAAGAAGGCGAUGGACUGGAAGGAGCACUACGACAUCGGAAGCGACUACGAGCCCGUCCACCGCAACCGCUGGAUCGACGGGGCCCUCCUCCCAGGCUUCCAGCCCUUCAUGAAGGACUUCAUCACGCAGCUCGAGCUGCUACACACCAACGUCCUGAACGCAAUCCUGCUCGGCCUCGAAGUCGACCCCGUCUCCGCCGACUACUUCCGCGGCCUGCACACAGCCCACACAAGCGGAAUCCGCCUCCUGCACUACCCAUCCAUGCGCGAGUCCGAGAUCGACCGCACUUCCACAACCUGGUGCCCGGUGCACACGGACUUCACAACCUUCACCUUCCUCAUCCAGGAUCAGAACCAGGGGCUCGAGAUCGAGGACCGCACGAGCAAGGUUCCCAACUCGUUUGUCGCGGCGGAUCCCGGGAUCGAAGACCGCCUGUGGCUGACCAUGGGCGAUUUCGGCGAGAUCUGGAGUAACGGGUACCUGCCGGCUUCGAGACAUAGGGUUAUCAUCCCGGCGCCUGUCGCAGGGUCGGGAUCGGAUAUGACCUCGAACAGGUAUUCGAUUCCGUACUUUCUGAACCCAAGGCAUGAUGGCGUGUUGGAGCCGCAGGUGACGGGCAAGCCGGCGACGAUGCCGCGAGAUCGGUACAAAAAGGUCAAGGUGCGGGAUCAUAUUGAGUUUAGGAUGAAGUAUCAGUAUACGGAUCCGACGAAGUGA